GUUUGAAACCCCCUUUCAGCACCCUUCUUCACGACAUGCUUUUGCCGCUACUCUUAAACCUCUUUGCCAAAGUCUAGCAUAUUGAUUGGUUAGAUCAGACAGUUCUGUUUCUCCAUCAAGUGAAGACGAGGGAUGGCAGCGGCGAAGCACUUCUUGAACGAGUUGGUUCCGGGGACUGACCCGCAGAUUGAUAUUGUCGCAGUGCAUGGCCUGAAUCCGAAAAACAAAGACACACAUGCGCUGAAAACCUGGACGGCCGGUGACAAGUUAUGGCUGCGUGACUUCUUGGCCCCCAAAUUGCCAAAUGCGAGAAUCCUGCUGUUCGGAUACAACACGAAUCUAGCACGUGACGCCAAUCUAAUGAGUAUCGGUGAACACGCUGGGAAUUUGUUGAAUAAGCUAGCUCAUAAAAGAAGCGAGCAUCCGAAGAGGCCAAUUAUAUUCAUUGUCCAUAGUUUGGGAGGACUUAUCGUAAAACAGGCGUUAGUUGAGGCAAAGAUCAGUAAUGAUGCCCGAUAUACUGACACCCGCUCUUCGACAUUCGGUAUCGCCUUUUUUGCGACGCCUCACCUUAGCGGCAACUAUGUCGCAUUUGCAAAUGUCGCAUGCAAGAUCGUUAACACAGUCCUUCGAAACCCGCCGAAUACCCUGCUGGAAGACCUCAAGAAAUCUUCGGCUUUCUGUCAGAAACUCAACGAAGAAUUCCGCCACCAACUUGAGGAUUACUAUUUCGUAAACUUUUACGAGACACAACUCCAGCGAGGAGCAGAUGUGAUCGUGGACAGAUACUCCGCGCAGCUGCAUCUUGCGGGCUCCCGAGAAGUCCUCGUGCCAAUGGAUGCGGACCAUCUCAGCAUCUGCAAGUUCCCUACGGAAAAUUACAACUAUGAACAAGUUGAGCAUGAGAUCCUACGGCUAGUCAGAGACGCCUUGAAGUCUGUCGAGGAUAAACGACGGUCUUCUACUACGUCACGUAUUAGCAGCUAUUCAACACCACGUAUGGGCAGCUAUUCAACGCCACGUAUGAGCACCUAUUCAACCCCGCGUAUUGGCAAUAUUUCAACACCUCGUAUCGGAAGUUAUUCAACACCAGGCUCGGAACAGCAAUUUCCCUUCUCCUCGCAGGGCGAGGAUGGCGAUUUCGGACCAAACAUUGCUUCACUAUUCGAAGUACCGUAUGACGAGAACCCAGACUUUGUGGGGCGGCAGAAGAUCGUGAAGAGGAUGAUUGAAAAUCUCACUUCGGAUGAUGAGAAGAAGCAUCGAGUCGCCCUCUAUGGUCUUGGUGGAGUAGGAAAAACUGCAAUCGCCAUCCAGUGCGUGUAUACCAUCAGCAGAUCUCACCCCGACAUCGCCAUUCUGUGGAUAGAUGCGAGUAGUGUUGAGAAUUUCCACAAUUCUAUUGUCACCGUUGCCAGAGCUCUCGACAUUCCAGAAGCGGAUUCUUCUACGGCUGAUGUUCUAUCAUUGGUUCGGAAUGCCCUACGGAAUGGAGCUUGUGGGAAAUGGUUGGUCAUCGUCGAUCACUGGGACGACUUCCAGACAUUUGCUAACACAGACGGUGAUCAUGCCAUCCCCAACCACUUCCAAUCCAGAAAACUUCUAGAUUUCUUGCCCCACUGUGCUCAUGGUUCAGUUGUUUUAACCACUCGAAAUAGGAAAGUCGCCAAUAAGGUCACAGGAGGAAGAUUAUUAGAACAAGUCCUCCAGCUGAGUAGAACAGAGUCCGAAGAUCUCGCACACAAGAAACUAUUGGAGAAACGUCACAGCAAUGAUGAAGUCCGGGAGUUGGUUGAAGCUCUAGACCAUUUUCCACUCGCGAUUAUACAAGCGACGUCAUUCAUCAGGGGCAAUGACAUGGAUGUCCAAACCUAUCUCCAGCGCUAUCGAGAGAGCAAGAACGAUGCCCUGGAACUCUUUGGACAUAGUACACCAGAUGGGGGUGGUGAACUGGGUGUUGAAAACCCGGUAACAACCACAUGGAUGAUGUCCUUCCAACAGGUGCAACACAAUAAUCCAUACGCCACAGAUCUUCUCUCCCUCAUGGCUUUUCUCGACCACAGCGAUAUUCCUGAGAAGCUUCUCUGGCAACAGGAUGAGAAUCCCGGAUUCAAAUUCGAAGGUGCAUGUGGGGAGCUGAAAGCAUAUUCGUUCAUCUCUGAAGCAUAUCCCAUUGGCUCUCCUGCAGAAUCGCAGCCACGAGAGAAACCAUUACGGCUGUUCAAUAUCCAACCUACUGUGCAGCGUGUCCUGCGCCUAUGGCUUCGAGAGCACGGCAAAUCUCAACAAUGGUCUGAAAGCGCUCUCAUUGCUGUUUCCAAGGAGUUCCCACCUCCAGAAAGUUGGAACGAACAUUGGAAGACCUGUGUAAUAUACCUGCCCCAUGUCGAGGCAAUCCUGGAGCACCUCCCGGAGUCUACUACUGAGGAGAGACACAAGAGCAAUCUUCUACUUAGUGUAGCCUCAUAUCUUCGCAUUCGCGGAUUCCAUGAAGCAGCGGAGCGCAUGGGGCGCGAGGCAUUGAAAAUUCACAGAAAGAUGCUUGGAGACGAUUCCGAGGCAACGAUUGCACUACUGGCUAGCAUGCAUUGCCUAUCUCGCAUCCUUUUUGAGCAAGGACGAAUACAAGAGUCAGAGGAAUUACAAAUUCCAGCUCUAGAGAUCUGCGAGCAGAAACUCGGAGCGACUCAUAGAGAUACUCUCCGAGCACGUCUGCAUCUCGCCGCUAUACGAGGCAUUCAGGGCCAGUACAAGGAGGCCUUGGAACUCCAGCAGAAUAUCUUUGAAAUAACCGAAUCGACUCUAGGCCAGUGCCCGGAGACAUGGCUCGUGAUGCGCGACUUGGCAAUCACAUGUAUGUAUCUCAAUCGCCAGAGUGAAGCCGAAUCAUUGCAGCGAAUGGUUUUUCGAGCCCGGGAGAAUCUGCUCCAAAAAGAUCAUCCCGACACCCUAACCAUAAUGAGCGACCUCGCCUCUACUCUUAUCGAACAGGCAUGCUUCGAUGAGGCCAAGGAAUUGCUCGUCGAUGUUGUGACCCACAGCAAGAGGGUACUAGGAGAGCGACAUCCUCACACAUUGGGUGCAUAUGAGGAGCUCAAGUUCGUUCUCAAAAGCCAAAGACGUACAAAGGAUGUUGCACGAUUAGAGCGGCUUCUAGGUCGCUUUCAACGCGAGUGGAAGGACGGUUCAGAAUGUGGCGCGGGUGGAAAGAAACCUAGGAUUAGAGGGAAUAUGAGUAGUUCGAUCGUCACGUAUGCCUACAAGAGGAAAGCUGUGGUAUCAGAUGAGGAGAUAGUAGAAUAUUAUGGUGGGGAGGGGGAAAAAGAGUUCGAGGCUGGGGAUAUAGGACUCGGUCUGACACUUUUAAACUCAGGACAUGGCACUAUGAACGACGGAGAGAGCGAGGACGAGGAGGACGAGGAGGACGAGGAAGAUGGGCCAGGCCAAGAAUUCGCGACCGUCAAGAACGCCCUCCGGCUAAUGGUUGAUGGCAUCUUGCGACUACCUAUGAUUAACAUUGCCAGGUGCACUCCGGAUACACUGAUAGAGGACGAAGCAGACAAUACCAUUGAAGCUCCCCAAACGACGGACACGCGUAAAGUAGCACAUUCUCAUCAAGACACGACUGGAAAAGCCCCCGAUGGACUGUUGCAUAGUCCUUCCGACCAUGAGCAGAUGCAACCCUUGCUCCAGGAUCCUGCCCCAAACACUACAUAUAGCAAUAUCAAGCUCAUUAGAACAAUCGAGAAGAAGGUCCAGCGUAAUUUGAACCGAGAGACUGGAGAAGCACUGCUUAAAGAUGGCAAGGAACUGCUUGAGGUUACAAAGACAAAGUGGAAAACGACGAAUCUAAAGGAUUUGAAAGAUUUGAAGGAUUUGAGGGUUCCUUGGGGAGCGGCACUGAAAUCGAAGUCAAGGGCAAAAGGUGGCGGAGGUGAUAAAAAAGAUGGAGAAGGUGAAGGACAGGAAGAAGACAUCGGAAAGGAAGAGGCCAUUGGAAAGGAAGAGGCCGCGGUAGAAGCGGACGUUGAGAAGAGUUAGCAUCGAAAAGUACACUUAGACGCAGGCCACUAUUGAGAGGAAAGGGGAGCAAAAGAAUGACCUUUGCUUUGGUGGCACAUAAUUCCCCGCAUUAAAAAGAUCCGUAACUCCUCGGAUCACAGAGUAGAAGCCUCUAGUGGCCACAUGUUUACUAGACAUCCAUGCACCACACUGGAAGUCUAUGCCUGGAUCACAGUUUGGGAUUGCCAUGAUCCAGGAUGUCGAACGUACUACAGUCAUUUACCUCUUCAUGCUGAUGAGGGCAGUCGCUGCUUCAUUUUGCUUUUUAGCGAUGGAGGAGGUGCUCGGAUAGGGUAGGGGAAGCUUCUACGGUUGCCAAGUGGUGAGGACACUAUGCUUGAGGGGAGCAGAAGGACGCUUGACCAGCUCUUCGUCUAUGAGAGACAAUCGAUUCUAGAGCUACAGUUUCUGUCAAUUUACCAAUUUCUAGCGUUCCGGCAGAUAAUCAGUAACAGGUGGAGGAAAGAUCUUG